AGAGCAGCACUGGCAGCAGCAGUUGGCGAUUGCAGUUUAUGUGGACAGUCGUAUCCCGCAAGCAACGUUUUCUCUCCCAUUGUCGUGUUUCUUACAUUCGGGAGUAUAUCCGAAUCCACGCAUCAUUAUUGUGGUUGUGUAAAUUCGCGCGUAGAAUAGUGCGUGGAAGAAAGUUGCCUUUGUGUUGCGUGGACUCGUGCUGGGGAGAAAUUUGUUUAGAUUAUUUUUAAAAUAACGACCAACGACGAGCUGGCAGUUCCCGUUUGUGCUGUCUUCUCUGGGAACAUGAUUGUUUCUUAGCUGCAUCAGCGUGUUCUCUUCGUUUAGUAUCUACAUUUGUCUCGAGAUAAAUUUCCAAUCUCGUGCUGCUCUGACUGUGCAUGUGCUUAAUUGUCUCAUUAUUGACAGACUUUCUAGUGCUUAAAGAAUGAUCAUUGCUGGAAUGCUUGCUUAAAACUUGAAAAAGGUGCACUGGAUUAGUAGAUAGACGCAGCUUCUUUUUUGCUGUGCAAACAUUUCUAUAAUGUUUUCGUCAGGUCUUGGCUGUAACUUGUCGUUUCCUAGCUGCCUUGGUUAUACUCAAGAGAGUGAAGAGUUACUUCCCAGAAUGGCACGUGAACCUAUCACACUCAAUGUUUAUGAUAUGUAUUGGAUCAAUGAGUAUACAACUCCAAUGGGAUUAGGAGUUUUCCACUCUGGUGUUGAAAUUUAUGGAACUGAAUAUGCAUAUGGGGGCCAUGCACUUCCAAUGACUGGGAUAUUUGAGAUACUUCCAAGAACUGCUGAAGAAUUAGGAGAACAAUUUAGAUUUAGACAAUCAAUUCACAUUGGCUACACGGACUUUACCGAGGAAGACGUGGCUCGAAUAAUCAACGAGUUGGGCAAAGAUUUCAGAGGCGAUCGUUACCACUUAAUGAACAAGAACUGCAAUCACUUUAGCGGCCAAUUUAUCAAUAUUCUAUGCAACCAAGAAAUUCCAGCUUGGGUAAAUCGCCUUGCCUACUUCAGCUCGUGCGUACCGUUCCUACAGCGUUGUCUGCCAAAAGCAUGGCUAACACCAGUAGCCUUGCAGCAUUCAUUGAGUACAGUAAGCAAUCACGAGAGUACAUCGCCAUCAAAUACGUCAUUAUAAUAUCAGGAGCAGCGUCAUCGACGCUACCAAGGUGGCGAUGAUGACGACGCGACGGCUCAAGCUUCUGCCAGCAGGGAUCAGAGCUUUUGAGUGAAUGUAUGUAAAGUGGCUAUACAAGUGGCAGUAAGUUACUACCUAUCACCGGUUAGAUUGCGUUGUUUAUAAAAUAUACGCGUUUAUUACGGUGUACGAAUUAAUUUUACCCAUUUGUUGUCAGGCUCAAAUUUUAUAUGUGCAUUUAAAUGUAAAAAUAUUUGAUUAAUUUGUCUCUCGUUGUUUGUAUGUGUAUGGCUUAAUUGAUAAUUUAGUCGCUAGUGCAGUGUUUAUGUAGUUUUUUAUUAAAGCCAGUGUCGCGUAUUAUUGAUUGAGGUCCUUGAAUGUUUAACAAACAGUUAAAGAGGGAAAUCGAAUAAUACAACAAAAAAAUAAGUAACUUACUGCCAUUUGAUUUUUUUUACGUAUAUAAAUAAAAGAAAAACGCCAACAGUUCGAGAAGGCAUUAGAGAUCUUAAAUUACGAGUGAGUGAUUUAUGAGUAAAAUUUAGAGAAAUUUGCCUUCCUUGUAACGUUACUCUUAUACAUUUAGACAAUGAAGCGAGUAAAGGAUAUAAAUAUAUACAUAUAUGAAUUUAUAAAUAUUGCAAUCAAUUCGUUGGAAAUAUGCAAUUUCACAGUUAUAACAGUUAAUGAGUAGCGAUUUAUGAAAAAUAAAAAGUGUUGCCUAAAAAAUCAAAUUUUUAUAAAGAGACUGAUUAAAAAAAACAAAAAAAAACCAGUUUACUUACCAGACAACAUGAACGUGCAAUUGCCAAUACGAUACUGUCGAGUCCUAAUUCACAAAUAGGUAUAAAUAAUUCAGAUUUGUAAGAUAACGUUACCAAUCUACUUAUUUGUUUAUACUUCCGUAAUUUUUUACUUAUAAAUACGUAUAAAUACGUACAAAUAUUUAUGAAUCCUAAUUCUUUAUUCGACUUUGAAUGUAAAUAAAUGAAUUUCAGUGUUGACCAUGGUUUUCUAUAAAUUGAAAAAAUUGCAGUACGUGUAAAAAAAUCAAUAUUCUCAACUUAAUUUCCUACAGCAGAAUUAUUUUUGGUAAACAAAAGUACUGUAGAAAAAAUUCUGUGAUGAAACCUUCAAUAAUUGCUUGGCAAAAUUACUGUAACACCAUCAUAUAUGAGAUUCAAUGUUUCUAUGUACGUUAACUAUAAUUGCCCAUCCUGUCGUAUCGAUCGAUUUGAAAAAUUAAUUACAAAGUGCAUGUCUCAGUGUCGCGAUAGCUGCCACUACAUUGAUUAUCAAUUUACCACAGCACUAACGCUACUCCUGUUGCAUGAUGACUCGCAUUUAGAAUAUUAUUUUAGAAUAAUUACUAUCGAGAAAUGUGUAGGUAAAUGGACAUUUUUUUACUUAUCGUUCUACAUAGUUCAUAUAACCAAAGUUAUGCGAGGCGAAAUUAUAAUAAAAAAGAAGUAAUAUGUCGUUGGUGAUGCUAUAAUUGUUAUGAGAGAGGGAGGGGGAAAAGCUUAGUAAUGUAUAUUAAGUACAAUCAUGUCACCGAGUAGUCGACUCAAGUUCAGCAUUUUCUAAGUACUUAUAUUUAUAUAUUUCUUCAACGCUUGUUAUUUACCGCUCGAGAAAAGAUAUAUACUUAGGAAAUGCCAAAGUCGAUUUCUUUUUCUUGCUCCGAAUUCGUUUAUGCUAAUCGAGGCAACUGCAAUUUUAUAUGAAAUUGCUUUAGAAAGACUCAAGUCACGAAGUGUUAUUUUAUAUAUAUAUACAUCCAUCUCUUUUAUUGACCAAUUUAAUUUGUAAUUUUAUAUAGAAAACAAACAGAAAAGCCAACGAUGAAUGAAUUAUACGCUUACUUUGCUUUUAACUCUAGAGCACAGAUAUGAGAUGCCGAUAAUGUCAUUGUUGACUUGUCGAGCGAAGUACAAUUUAUUGCACUUACACACAGCUAUGUACGUACUGUUCGUUGUUCUCGAACGUUGGAAAAUAUAUUAAUAGAACACAGAAUUAGACUCGUCGAAGGGAUGAAUUUUUAUACUCUAAUUUCUUACUUUCUUCACAUAAAUAUGUAGUAUUUUUCGUCGCUUCUUUAGAAUCUCAAUCCUGAGAUACAUAAAUAUGUAAGUGAAUUUACGUUGAAACUUUUAAGUAAACAUAAAUUAAAUAAAUAGAAAAAUUGUUAAAAUCAUAGUUAAAGCAAUUAAUGUUCAAUAUAAAAGUUAGUUAUCUGCCUUCAUAAUGUUGCAACUUAUGCUCAGUAUUAACAAACAAAAUGAACAAAAUUCAAUUAGUGAUGUAACAAAUUUUGAUUCAGUAUGAACGUUUCGGUUUCAGUUUCUCACUAUACGCACGCACAGGAAAGAAAAAUCAGAUUUUAGCGACUAACUGAGUACUAUAUGAUAUAUAUUUAUCUGAACUUUUGUUUUCUUACUGCAUUGUAUAAAUGCAUAUAUUUGCAUUCGACGAGUGAUGAUGAAAUAAAGUAUAAGGCAUGAGUUUUUUAUUAAAUUUAAAGUAUACUUUUAUUAUAUUGACCGUUCCUACCAAUUGAUCCAUGAUUUUUAGAUGAUCGGAUGUGGAAAAAGUAUGUAGGUAAUGAAAUGAAAUCACAGUCGAAUUUAAGAGAAAUCAACUCUGUUUUUUAUUAUUCCAGCUAAUUUUCUUUAUAAUCAGUUCAGAUACAUUGUUACAGUUCUUGCAAAUGCGAUUACAAGACAUUAUAAAUGAAGCUCUAUGUAGAUUUUUUUUCUGUCGUACUGCGACAUUUCGAAAGCGUAUCAUCGGUCUACGGUAAAAUUAAAUAAUAUAUAUUAUUGAAAACAUUACACGCGCUCAUUGUCGAUUCAAUUUUUCAGUUGUAAUAAAUGCAAAAUUGACCUGAUUGACUAUAACGUUUCUCUUACGUGUCUUUUUCCUUUUGCUGUUCGCUUACUUUGGAAAUAAGUCCUUUGAAAUUCUUUUAAUAAAUAUACACGCCAACAAUGCACGGGUUAUCAUAAAUAAAACUUUUUUUAUAUCUCGUAUUCUAUUGUUGUUUUAUUGCAUUAAUCAAUAAGGUAAGUCUAUAGGAUAAUAAAACUACUAGAAAUUUAUACAAAAAAAAACGGAGGGAUGUAAAAUAAUAUAUAAUAAAAGCACAAGUUUCUGAGUAUAGUAUUGUAAGGUAAACAAAUGAUUUUCGAAGCGCAAGAGAAAAUCAUCGAAAUGACACUCGUGUAUGUGCAGCUUGAUUGUGAAACGUAAGGGGAGAUAAGAAAUUAUUACAAUAAUAUAUUAUGUGUACUAGUUUUUACAGUGAAUCAUAAAUAAUUAUUAUCAUAUAAGUAUUCUGCAACAUCGUAUCUUCGGAGGGGGAAAGAGAAUCUAAUAAAAUGAAGUAAUGUAACUUGUUCGCCUAUCUACCUUCUCCUGAGACACAGACAAGGACGAUAUCCCGAAGGUCAUUAAACGAUAAUACGUCUAAAACGCACUUAUGUAUAAAAAGUAUACAAAGUUUCUAAAAGUUAUUACAAGGUACUAAAAUUUGUACAAAAAGUGAUUUGUUUAUUCCCUUUUUAUUCUUUUUCCUUUAGUUUAUAAAUCACCAGAAGGAUAAACGUUUUUUUUUGUUUUUUCCGUGUAAACCGCAUGUUUAUAUGUUUCCGUUAGUUAAGCAAUAUAUUGACUUUUCAGUAUAUUGACGCGAUACACUGCGAUAACAAUUUUUUUCUAUGACACGUGUUAAUAUGCUUUUUUUGAUUUUUAGAACCCUUUCAUGUAGUAACAAUUAUUAUGGAAGAUAGAUCGGCUAGUACUCGAGGGCGAGUACUCGAUAAAGUGACAUUCUUAUUUCGAGUUUGCUAAUAUAUCAUAUACGCAUAUAACCAAUAAUAAUUUGUGAAUAGUUACUUUUAAACCUUUGUUUCUUUAUUUAUUAUGCUUAAUUAAUGCCGAUGGCUAAUACAGUAUACUACUUCUUUCUUCGUUUCCCAGUUUACAUCAAAAUUUUUUCUUUACAUUAUUCAUAAUUUUCUACGUCGUAUGUAGCUUAUUGAAAAGAAAAACAUUUUUUAGAAAUAGUACAUAUAAAAAAUAAGGCAACAAAUAUGUACACGAUAAAACAUCCUUCUGUUUAUUAUACCAAACGUACAUGUUUUGGUAAGGUUUUUGUGUAUAAAAAACUAGACAAAAAGCCGGUAUAAAUAACUUAAAAGUACUUUAGAACACAGGCAGAAUGUUGGUAAUUAAAUUACCAAUAAAUUUUCAUAAUUUUCUUGUCGCAUUAGUCAUUUUUUUCUUUUUAAAAUCUAUAGUCUAUAAGAAGCUUAUCCUAAAUGAUCACACAAUAAUUAAAGUGCCUGUGUUUGAUAACCGCUUGUUUCUGAACAUACAUGGAUUUUAAAUUUCCUUGGUUACAAAAAUCGUAGACAAUUUAAAAAAUGAUUAUGCAAUCUUAUCACUUGUGUAUUUCUUUCAUUGCGCGGAAAGAAGAGAAACAAUGAAAAUAGCAUAAUUUCUAUAUGAUGAAAUCUCUUAUGUCAUGUAUAUCCCGCAUGAAUUUUCAUAGUAAACAUUGCACAAUGUGUAAACUAAAAAUAUAUUUGUAUAAUACAUACGACGUAUGCGAGAUUAUUAUUCUUAAUAAAUUUGGACCAGCGUUACGACCAAAAAGUUGGUUAUUUAUACUUAUUUUGUAUCUAUAAAAACAGAAAAGUUUGUCAAUCAUGCACAUCAUGAACAAUACUCGUCAUCGAAACUUCGUCGACGUCGAUUAAAAUACAUUAUCGGCCGUCUUGGACUAAUUUAUUCUUUCAUAUCUUGCUGAAUAGAUUAAGUAAUUUUUUUUUGUUUAUUGCUAAGUAAUUUGACAGAGAUUUUCCCUACAUUUUCACCCUCGUUUCAUUUCAUAAAUAUAUCAGAUUCUCAAUGAUUAAUAAGUCCUCGUUCUUACAUAGAGCACACGCAAGUAAAGUAAAAAUAAAUUAUUUGAAAAAACGAGGAGGAGGUAAUGACAAUUAAUAUUAAUACAAUAUUUGCAUCUAUUAAUAUUCCGCAAUCCCUUAAUAAAUAUAAGCUUAUAUACAAUUCAUUCUCGAGACAGACAAUAAAUCUUUAAAAUUUACUCUCUUAUACGUAUAAUUAAAAACUUUACAUUCGAGCGCCAAAGAAGAGAAUAAGAAAUAAAAAAAUUAUAGAAUUGAUCAUUGCAACCAUUGUCAUUAUCUAAAGCUCGGAGAAAAACUAUUUAUAAGGUAAAUAAUACUAUCUGCAUUAAACAUGAAAAAUCUUCAUGAUUUUCCAUCGGUACGUCUGGUAUAUAUAUAAUCUAUUUCUAUAUAAUGCACUAAAAGUAGAAAAAAAUAAUCUUUAAGGUGAUAGACAGCGCAAUGUAUUUUUAUACUAUGCAUACCUUAGUUGCUUUUUUUCUUUCUUUACACUCUUGCCAUCUUCAUCCAUGAUGAACGCAAUAAUUAAUUAGCGAGCAGAAAUGAAACAAUAAAAUUUACAAAAAGAAAAUGCCGCUAUGUUUGCGGGUGAGCGAAGCCAGUCUCACGAUACUUUUUUAAAUUUUUAUAAUAAUUAUAAUAUUCACUUGUCAAAAGAUUAUAGAAAAAAUGUUACGCUGCUACAAGUGUAUGUAUAUAUAAUAUUUGUAUAAUCCUCGCGU